GGCGGGGCGGCGCCGGUAAAGCGGCGGUGCGGGCGGCGCGGCCCCGCACCAUGGAGGGGCACCUGGCGCGCUGCAAGAUCGUCGUGGUGGGGGACACGCAGUGCGGCAAGACGGCGCUGCUGCACGUCUUCGCCAAGGACUGCUACCCCGAGAGCUACGUGCCCACCGUCUUCGAGAACUACACGGCCAGCUUCGAGAUCGAUAAGCAGCGCACCGAGCUCAACAUGUGGGACACCUCAGGCUCAGCCUAUUACGAUAACGUCCGUCCCUUGGCCUACCCGGACUCGGACGCGGUGCUCAUCUGCUUCGACAUCAGCCGCCCCGAGACGCUGGACAGCGUGCUCAAGAAGUGGCAAGGGGAGACCCAGGAAUUUUGCCCCAAUGCGAAGAUCGUGCUGGUCGGCUGCAAGCUGGACAUGCGGACGGACCUCAACACGCUCCGGGAGCUUUCCAAGCAGCGCCUCAUCCCUGUCACACACGAGCAGGGCAGCGCGCUGGCGCGGCAGAUCGGCGCCGUGGCCUACGCCGAGUGCUCCUCCAAGGUGUCGGAGAACAGYGUGCGGGACGUCUUCCACGUGACCACGCUCGCCUCCGUCAACAGGGUGCACAAGAACUUGAAGCGCAGCAGCUCCAAGCGGGGACUCAAGCGGGCGUCGCAGAUGCCUGGCAGGACGGACUUGCUCAGCGACGCGGAGAUGAGGAAAGACCGAGCCAAGAGCUGCUCCAUCAUGUGAAAAGAGGCUGUAAAUAGUGUGYGUGUCUUGUCCAUUUGUACAGUAACUGCCCGGCAAGGGCCUGGCGCCGGCUCGGGGCCGCCUGCCUGCCCAAGGCGAAGGUCCUAGCUGCAAACCAGGGUGCAGGGUCACCCCGCCACGGAGACCUCGGGGCUGGCGGCCGCUGGGCCGACUGCUUGGGGCAAAGGAACCACUUGGCCGAGGAGCUUUCGGGUGCUGGAAGGUCUGCGACAGGGUGAAGAAAGCAAGAGGGAGCGAUGGCGACGCGC